AUGGAAAAUUUGCUUUUGGUUUACCUUAAUGUGCAAAUAAAUUCAUCCGCUCAUUUUCUUAGUCUACUAUACAGAAUAAUUUUCUUUGAAGACAUUUCGAUGGAUACAAUGGAUAAAUGGCUUAAGAAUGUGCCGACAAAGAAAUUCAAAAAGAACGGUGGUGCUGAAGAAACAGAUUUAAUAAUACUACUGGAGUUAAGAAAGGCACCAAAGUGA